AUGUUCGGUCAACGAGGUGGAGCUGCUACCAUCCCAGGUUCAAGACAAGGUUGUUUCAAAUGUGGAAACCUUGGUCACAUCGCCGAGAACUGUCAAGCUCCCGGUAGACUCUGCUACAACUGCAGAGAACCAGGCCACGAAUCAACCGCCUGUCCUCAACCUAGAUCUACCGAUGGUAAACAAUGUUACGCCUGUGGUGGUGUUGGUCACGUCAAAUCCGACUGUCCUUCCUUGAGAGGCAACUUUGGUGGACCAGGUCAAAAAUGUUUCAAAUGUGGACGAGGUGGCCACAUCGCCAGAGACUGCAGAACUCCUCAAUUCGGUGGAUUUAGAGGACGAGGUGGUUUUAACGGUGGUUUCGGUGGUAGACCCAGACCCCCUCCUCAAAACGCUGAUGGUACUCCUGUCAAGUGCUACCGAUGUAACGGUGAGAACCACUUGGCCAGAGAUUGUCUCGCUCCAAGAGACGAGGCUGCCAUCCUCGCUUCUAAGAAAUGUUACAAGUGUCAAGAGACCGGUCACAUCGCCAAGGACUGUCCCAAGGCUGAAGAACUCCCUGUCGCCGAAUAA